CGACCGGGUGUGGUACGACAUCAGCUCGCUUCAAAUUGGACAUCAAAGAAGAAAAAAAACUGCAGAAUCGUCAUGAAAGUUCUACACUUCACUGUGAUCUUGCUAUCGUUGAUUCCCGUGACAUUUGCCGACGGUCCAGCAGCUCCACCUGCUACAACAGAGGAACCAAAAUCAACUGCUCCACCUGCUACAACAGAUGUCACACAGACACUCGUUCCUAGUGUCUACCUUCCGCUCGGUGCUGGUGAACCGCAACAAGGUCGCAAUAUUUCAAGUGAAUUCGGAGUAUUCCCGAAGGAGUUCUUUACGUGUGGAAAAAGAACAGCAACGACAUUGAAUGAAGCUUAUACAGGCCCCAGUUCAUUGGAAGUUGUUGUAAAAUGUGAUCCAACUCCGGCUCGAACGAUUAUUGGGAAGGCGGAUAAUUCAUUUGUCAAGUUCAAUCGGGAUUUCAAGAAGGAAUGCGAGUUGUUCACCUGCUCAAAUGACGUCUACCAAGGUGAUGGAGAUCAGUUGGAGGAAAUUGUAAAUUUUGACCCGGCGCUUUACUCAAAAAAUGCAAAAGCUCCGAAACCAGAGAAACCGGAAACCAACAUUUGUUCUGACAAAAAGGCAACAUAUCCCGAGGGCUCCACUCCGACUAGCUCAAUCCUGUUUGCUAACGAAGGAAACUGCUAUGCGAAAGUAGGAUCUACGUUGAUAACAUUAUUGGAGACACCAGAAACAUUUGCUCAAGUCCCUCGUUGGUUGCCUGCGAAUGAGGAUCGACUCAACUUGAAGAGCUUGUUCUUUUCAAAUGAGAAAUCCGAAAUCGUGGAGCGAGUCCCAUUCGUCUUUGAAUCGAAGAAAAACGAUAGUACAGCUGUCACCUAUCAGAAAUGCGACACCACUUGCGAUAAAGGAUCAAUUGUCAAAAUACAGAUGAAUCCCGGCGAAUACUCUAUGAUGGUCUAUCUGAAUCCGAAGGAGUGCUCGUCGUUCAGAAUUUGCUUUGAUCCCGAUAGAUUUUUGGAUGACUCUAAGAAACCCAGCUGCCAGGACGAUUUUACCAUUGAUGUGCUGUUCAAGAGUGGAGUCGUUGUUUGGGGAAAGAAAGGAAGAGCGUCGAUAAUUGAGAUGAUGAGCCCGUACCAUGAUGAAGAUAAUGUAGUUGGAAUUGAGUUCGGAUACGGUGUCAAAACAAGUAAAGGAGAUCUUGCUGGAGAAUUCUACAUCGGAAACGAUCAUCGAGAGUUUGUGCAAAGCGAUUCAUCGGGAUACACUUCGGCUUCAAGCUCAAAGUUGGCAUUCUUCUUUCCAUCCGAUGGGUGUCUACGCGCUACUGCCGGCAUUUUCUCCAAGAAAAUCGCCAGUGGUAAAACAAUGGCAAAUGAAAAAGUGACUGUUGUUGGAAAACUUUUCGGGGAAUCUGGAGAACUGAUUACAGUACAAACACCAGAAGUCGCCACAACAACCACUGCACGACCCAUUAAGAAUAUUGCUGCAACAACUACCGUCGCACCUCUCCAAUUGAUUGCGGAUGCUUCACUUGUUGACAAUGACCUACAAUCGAAUCUUGAAGCAACUGGAGUGUAUGUCGAUGGAAAGUGGUGGUGGUGGGCAAUCUACCUGGGAUUUGUCUUGGGCACUCUCCUUACUUUGGCUAUCGGGGGUGGAAUAUGUUACGUGUUGCGACGAACUGUUUAUGGAUAUUGGUACCGCGGCAUGUACAGACGAUAUGGAUGUGAUGUCUCUGCGACAACCGCUGGUCUCACUGGAGUUGGAUUCGGAGCAACUACGACCGCAAUGCAGACGAUUUCUCCUGGAAAGACGGGUGCGACAACAUUGGGAAGUACUUCAAGUACCACUGGAAUUACUGAAACUACUGGAACUACUGGAUCCACGGCAACCACUGGAACUAUGGCAUAAUUUCGUGAUUUAUUGAAUGAGAUCUUUUGAAUGAGAUCUUUUGAAUGAAAUUUAUUGAAAAUUUGC